UCAAAAUUGCAAACAAAAUGGCGCUAGAAAUGUGAACUUUUUAAAAGGUAAUCAAUGAAAUAUAGAAGAAGAACGGAUUAUUUGACUUGGAUCGACAUCGGCCAGUAUGUCCGAAGAGAGGAGGGUUGAGUUGAUGCCCGCCGAUCCGACUGAGAAGCCCAAGAAGACGAAGAAAACCAAACCUACACUUCGGUUCAGCCUGACACUUGGCGAAACAACAGAGAAAACAUGUCCUGAGUUCUCGUACGUCGAUCUUGUUCGAAAAGCUUUGGGACCUGUUCGGGAAACUCAGAAAAAUGACAAGGUUGACCCAAAAGACAAAGACAAGUUAAAUAAAUCAUUUGAUCCUUUUGGUGACCCCCUUGAUUGUUUCAUUGACGAAGACCAUGGGAAACUGGAAGCAUUAGCCAAAUCGUUUGAACAAAAAUAUGGUGGUCCAACAAAAAAGAAACGACGUCAGGAGAACCCUGGUGACUUGGUGAAUUUAGGAGAGGGUUACGAUGUUGCAGAUCCAUUUAUAGAUGACUCUGAGGCAUAUGAUGAGAUUGUCCCACAGUCUCUGGACACAGCCAAGGGAGGCUUCUACAUAAAUUCUGGUCGCCUUGAUUUCCGCCAACUUUCCGACUCAGAUGAUGAGUUUAAAGGAGACAAAAAGAAGAAAAAGAAGAAAAUCAGGAGAAUUACAUCCGAAUCUGAAUCAGAAACUGAAACAGCGAAGAAGAUAAAGAAAAAGAAGAAGAAGUUAAAGGAUGGAGAAGAAAGACAGAAGAUAAAGAGUAAGAAAAGGAUGAUCUCGGGAAUGAUACCAGGAGAAAACCCAUUGAAAAAAUCUAAGAAAGAUAUCCCUCCUCCUAAAGAGAAGACUGGUCCAUCUGCUAUGGACUACAUCACUGGGAAGAUUGUUGUACCAGAGAAUGAGGACGACCUUUUACUAUUUACAAAUGGAGAACUUGAUGGGAUGGAGGUGAACGAUGUUGAUAUUGAAGAAAUGCACACCAAAAUAGACUCAACCAUUGAUUCAGUGCUCAACCAAGGAAGCAGUAUUUUUGACAAAACACCAAACAUCUCUACCUCAAAAGAACCAAUACGAGAUCCAUCCCAAACAGCCGUCACACCAAGUUUUGCAACCAAUGAGUCUAAUAUCUCAAAUACUGGCCCUGAAAUUAAAGUUACAGAGUCAGAAGACAGUAAAAGCCCUGAAAAUGCUCCUAAGCUUCCUGCAGGACUGUCCAAAGAACUGGAGUCAGUCCUAGAGAAACUCAAAGAUGCCUCUACUAAACCAAUUGAGGGUAAAUCUAAGUUUUUCACGACAGACAACAACAAGCUUUUACUACAAGUCGAAAACCUGAGUCGCCAAUUAAACAGUCAAAUGAGGUCAGCCAUGUACAACCAUCUGGCUGCAUUCUUACCAUGUGGCAAGGAAACACUGGUAAAGCGUGCAAAGAAAUUACAACAGAAUGAGCAAGAUGAUAUCCUUCGAGUUCCAAUCAACAAACUCAAAGAUGCUAUCAUUAAAGUUAUGCCUGAGCAAAUAGAAAAAUACCAACGACUUGUGACACUGAAUAAAAUUGAACAGAAUGAAAAGGAGACUUCCACAGCUGAGAGUGAUGUUGAUGAUAAUUCUCAGGGACCAGAUGAUCUCAAUAAAGCUACGGAUAAGGAUGAGAAAAAGAAAACCAGGGCUCCAACAAAGAAGUUUGAAUGGUCAGAACCAUUAAGAGUUUUACUGUGCAAUGUUGUGCGACUGAAGAUGCAGGCUUUCAACGUUACAAAGGUGAAAGGACAGACAGCUGAGGAAUUCCUGAAAAAUUUCUUAGAUUCAGAAAUCAAACCAUUGUGGCCAAAAGGAUGGAUGCAAACAAGGACACUGUUUAAAGAAAGUCGUGCCGCACAUUCAUCAUUUACAAACACACUUAUGCAAAAACCUAAGAAAACUGUGAUAGUGACCAAAACUUCCAACACAAAUACCCUUUCACAAGUAAAUGGUUCUUUGCUAUUAGCUGAGAAUAAAACAACCUCAAAAUCACCUGUUAAGGACUCAGAAGGGGAACUAGCUCCUGUGAAGACUAUACUAGACUAUGCUGCAGAAAUGUACACUGCUAGCUAUUCUGGUGGAUUGGACCCACCUCUUCAAGCAAAACCAUUAUCAAGUUCAACCCCAGUGACAUUAACAAAUACAGCACAGAUCUCAAAUAUACUGAAGGCUCAGUCGACAUGUAAGACAGAGCCAACAAAAAAGACUACACAAGCUCUGACUGCCCUAACGGCAAGUACAGGCAAUGCAACCAAAGUAAACACUAAAACAGCACCAAGUACACCACUAACAUCAGGAUCUGCUAGCCACUUACAACCCAAAAAACUGUCAGUUGUUCAACAGGUUUCUGUACAAAAGAUGAAACCACAACCCCUACCACCAAUGGUUGUAUCACCAGUCGCUUCAAAACCUCAAGAUAAUUCAUUUAUUGAACAAUUUAAAAAGUUCACUGAACAAAAUAAGUCAUUGACCAGUGUACACCAAUCAGGAAAUACUAAGAGCUCUGGGCAUUAUAAGCCAGUCAAGACUCAGAUAACUCAAUCAGCCAAUGAAAAAGUAGGCUCAAACUCUAAUAAAGCCAUAGCAAACUCAGGGAAUUCUGGGACUGCUAAACCUGCAGCCAAUACUCAGCCAAAACACUCUGCUCAAAUGCCAUAUGUUCAUAAAACACAUAUGCAUAAAGAACACAGCCAAAAGAGUCAGGGACAAAAGAUGAACAUUCAAAAACCUCAAAACAAUCCACAAAAAUCGACCUCAGUGCCUCAGAGGUCAAAUCAAAGCCCCCAGAGGGUGUCGCCAUCUGCCGGAAAUGCGGUUUCCACUUCAGGGACUGGCUGGAAUCCAGAUGCAGAUAUUUUGCAAUAUUUACGAUCACCAAGUGUUCAGGGACAAUUAUCUACUAUUUUAUCAGACAAACCAACCCGUGCCGCCUCCCCACCGUUUCUAGGAAUGAACUUGAACAUGACUCAGUUCGCUGAAAUGACCAAAGCAGACCAACAGCAACCAAAGGUGAGUAAACCUCCAAAGAGGCAACCAGUUGAUGAGGCCGAGUUUCAAUCAUUACUGAAAUCAGCAGUGCAGCAACGUGCCUCACCUGUUUCACCUCAAAAGUCUCCCCAGACCCAGAGAUCUUCAGUACCAAGCAAACCCCAUCGUCCAACUGGGACUGAAGACUAUGCUCGAUCUUAUCAGAAUAUGGUGCAGCAGUAUACAUCAGGUAGAAAUGCUUUUGGGAGCCAGUCUCAGUCGAUUUCAAGUUACCAAUCAGCUGGGUAUCAUAAGAACACUACCUCAAGUCUAGCUGCAAAUAGUUCCCAACAGCCUCCAAGCAGCAUUCAUGGUGUUGGUAAUAGUGGAGAUGCUGUUAUAACUGGUCCAGCUCCAGGAACCUACAGUCAUGUUUUACACAGAAGUCCUGGACACCACAGCCCUAGUCAUGUAGGGCACUCACCCAUAGGGCACCAUACAAGCCCAAGGCAAACCACUCCACAAGCUUUGUAUUCAUCUCUGCACGGCACAAUAGAUCCUCAACUAAAUCCUAACAUAAGGCUGCCUUUCCAGCAUCAGUAUAAAGAUAGCAGCAGAUCAUCACAUUACUGAGACUAAUAAUCGACACUAUAUACGGAGGCAACCUUACUUAAGCAAUGGAUACAUGUGUCUGAUGUAGCCAGUACUUGACUGUUACCUUACAAGGGAGCUGUUACACCUUGAUUGUUCCUAAAGCAGACAGUAUGAAUACAUGUUUGUAAAGUUACAAGUCAACCAAUAGAAGUUCCUCGUUCUAACAUGUUUGUUAAGUUGCUAGGCAAUGGUUACAACUUCCAGAUGCAAACUAUGUGUGAAUUUGUGCAUGUAUUAGGCAGCCAUUACAUGUUACUGCUAUAGGCGUACUUGUUUGUCCAUGUUUUUCCUAAAAUUGGUGAAAGGUCGGAGUGCUUAGCAAGACUAUAAUGAUUAGACUACAUAAUGCAAUUGUAAACAAUUGACAAUUAUAUCUGAUAGUGCAACAGUAAAGUCUGCUGUAAUAACAUUAACAGAAUCAUGCUAUCCAAUUAUAAGGAAUAUCCACCAUUGCCUUUUAUUUCCAAUGUUGUAUUUAUCCAGCUGAACUAUUGAAAUAUCAGUUGAAUAAUACAAGGUUAUGUACUGACAAAUCUUGGUCAAUACACCAUAUUUAAAUUGUGCAUAAUUCUUGAGGUCAUGUUUCAAAAUGUGUAAAACCAUCAUAGCCAUGAUAUUGUAUUAUUCAUUUGAAUGUCUCAGGAAUAUCUCACAGCCAAUAUUCACGAGCCUUGGAUAAACACAACCUUCUCACUAUAGAUCCAUAAUCAAAAUAUGUUAACUUAAAUUGAUGUUAACUUCAAUUUAAACAUGUUUGUUUCUGUACCGCGUUGAUAGUCAUGAUUAAUAUUUGUUCUGAUUGGACAAUUAAACUACUAUAAUGUAGUCAGAUUGGCAUAAUUGUAAAUAAAAGAGCAUUUUUGAAAUGCCAACCAUGUGGGCAUAUUUAUCUUAAUGCAUUUAUUAAGGAGAAGAAAUUGUAUAUAUUGUAUUAUUAAUUGAUUUACAUGUAGCAAUAAAUGUUUUGAUACAAACUUUAAC